AUGUACGAGUUUGGCCGUGAUAGCGGCUUGCGAUCCGACGGUCAAGUCCUACAAUUCGCAUCCUACAGCUUCGAUACCAGCUCAGAAGAGAUCUUCUGCACGCUCUUUGCGGGUGCUACCCUUCACAUCCCUUCGGAAGCAUCACGUAUCAAUGACCUGGCCGGUGAGAUCCGUCGGACAAAGACCAACUGGGCCGAGCUCAACCCCAAGGUUGCUUCGCUCCUCACUCCCGAAGAAGUUCCUUCUCUCAAGACCAUCAUUCUUGGAGGUGAUCGAUCCCAUGGAAGCGAUGUCAGCCGAUGGCCCGAGAGCACCAAUCUCCUCAACUCGUAUGGUUGCACCGAGGCAUCCGUUACAUCUACCCUCAUCCCUCUUAACAGACGGAGCAACGAGGAGCCUCCUAUCGGCAAAGGUGUCGGCUGUAACCUCUGGGUCGUUGAUCCUGACAACCACGACACGCUCGUCCCUGUUGGUGCACCCGGUGAGCUUCUAAUUGAGGGGCCGGGCCUUGCUCGUGGAUAUCUCGGGGACCCCGAGCGCACCGCAAAGUCCUUCAUCUUCGACCCGGCUUGGGCCAAUGACGGAUCCGGAAGAAAGCGCCGCUUCUACAAGACUGGUGAUCUUGUGCACGCCAAUGAGGAGGGUGCUGUUUUCUAUCAUGGUCGUAAAGAUACGCAGAUCAAGCUUCGAGGUCAGCGCGUGGAGCUUGGCGAAAUUGAGCAUCAGCUAGCUCAGGCACUCCCGGAAUUCGAUGUGUCUGCCGAGAUCGCGACGAUGCAGGCUAAUAGUCAAGCUCCAGAUACCCUCGUUGGAUUCAUUGUUUUCCCCAACGAUGAGGAGCAGUCUGCUGAAGUCACCACAUGCCUGGAUGCUGCGAUUGUCGAGAAGCUAGCCUCCAUCAGGCCCAAGCUCAUCGCGGAUCUCUCGCGGUCUUUGCCGGCCUAUAUGGUCCCAACUCUGUUCGUUCCCAUGAACAGAAUGCCCUUGACAAUCUCAGCCAAGGCAGAUCGCCGAAAGCUUCGUGCCCUCGCUCAAGGGUUGAGUCCCGAAGACCUCGCUCUGCUGCAGGGAACCUCGGAUGUCAAGGAGCAGCCACAAUCCCAAGCUGAAGUCAAUAUGCAGGCUGUGUGGGCUGGAGUUCUCGGGGUCAAGACUGAGACCAUCGGUCUCGACGAUAAUUUCUUCCGAAUCGGCGGAGAUUCGAUUACUGCCAUGAAGAUGGUCCCUGCCGCACGACAACUCGGUCUUCAUAUCUCAGUUGCCGACGUUUUCCGCACUCCAAUCUUGAGAGAUCUCGCUUCUCAAGCUGCCGCAAGUGAUCAACCGUCUCAGGUUGAGCAUAUUCCUGCAUUUUCUCUCAUUGACCAAAGUGAGAAGGAAUCAAUCGUCGUCGAGGUAGCCAAGCAAUGCGGUGUACGACCUGAGGAAGUGGAGGAUGUCUAUCCUUGCACGCCUCUUCAAGAGGGACUAAUGUCGCUUUCCGCAAAGCAGCAUGGCUCGUACAUCAUGCGUCAAGUCCUGGUGCUAUCGACUGACAUCCGCAUGGCCGAUUUCCACCAGGCUUGGGAACAGGUUGUUCAGGCGCACCCGAUCUUGCAGACGCGGAUUGUCAGUGUGGGCUCCAACAUGUAUCAAGCCAUCACCACUCGGUCACUGUCAUGGGACACCAGCAUUGACCUUGACCACUACAUCGCGCACGACGACUCUCGGGAGGUUGAGUUUGGAACACCUCUCAGCCGAUACGCAAUCAUCCCCUACUACGAUAGGUUCUUUUUCGUUUGGACGCUGCACCACUGCAUCUACGAUGGCUGGUCACUCCCACUCCUCCUCAGUGACUUCUCCAAGGCCUACAACAAGACCUCGUGCGGAGAGUCGGAAAUUCCGGGGUUCAAUGCCUUCAUCAAGCACCUGAAUGGGCUGAAUAAGACCGAAUCAGACACCUUCUGGUCAUCCUACCUCGAGGGCCCGAGUACCACAUUCCCUGCUUCACUACUCCCGAACCAGACUGCCCAGCCCAGUGCAACCCAUGACGAGAAUAUUGGUUUCUCUGUCAACGCCAUUGAUGGUAUCACUUCAUCGACCAUUCUCCGCACUGCUUGGGCUCUACUCACGCGAAGCUACACCGGCGAUUCGGAUGUGGUCUUUGGCAUGACAGUCAAUGGCCGCAACGCACCUGUUUUCGGCAUCGAUCGGAUGAGUGGCCCGACUAUUGCCACUGUUCCUGUUCGUGUCCGUUGGGAUUCCAAGGGGAGCACCACCAUCCGUUCUUUGCUCGAGUCGGUGCAGCUGGAUGCCACAGCUAUGAUUCCGUUCGAGCAGACGGGCCUGCAACACAUCUCUCGUCUACACGAGGACGCUCAAGCUGCUUGUCAAUUUGGGACUCUUUUCGUUGUUCAGCAGGAUGACAGCGAGGAAGAUGAAGCCGUAGCCAACAUCAUGGAGCUCUACGACGCGUCAGAGGACACUUCAGCCCAGUUCACCACCCAGCCAUUGCUAGUUGAGUGUGUGAUGGAGGCAUUAUCGAGAACCGUCUCCCUUCGGAUGAGUUACGACCCGAAAUUGCUGGAUUCUUUUCUGGUUUCUGGGAUGGCGCAGCAGUUCAAGCACAUUCUGUCACAGCUGGUCGAGAUGGAAAACCUCGACAAGCCCGUCGGAGACAUUCAUCUCAUCAACCCAGCCGAUCAUGAGCAGGUCAUGAAGUGGAAUGAAGGACGGGUCAAUCCCAUUCACAAGACCAUGCACGACCUCGUGGGCGCUGCCGCCGUGUACAAUGCGACACGUCCUGCUAUCAGCGCCUGGGACGGCGAAAUGACGUACGCGGAACUUGAGUCAGCAUCUUCGCAAGUUGCUGGUCGACUUCGCAGCGUUGGCGUUGGCAGCAGUGGUCAGGGUGAGAUGGUCUUGUUGUGCUUCGAGAAGUCUCGGUGGGCUAUCGUCUCAGCACUCGCGAUUCUCAAGGCUGGCGCGGCAUUUGUUGCUCUUGACCCAGCCCAGCCGGAUGAUAGACUCGCGACGAUUAUGAAGCUUUCAAAAGCUCGUCUCGUCUUGACGUCCAAGGGCUUGGAGGAGCGCUUGACACGCCUCUCCAAGAAAACACCCAACGUCGUAUGCACCUCGGAGCUUGUUGCUUUGGCAGACACCACCACUCCCUUCGUCAGGCGGCACAGAGCUUCCGGUAGUGAUGCCCUCGUCAAAGGAGUCAUCUCAUCACCUGAAGAUCUUGCCUACGUCAUCUUCACCUCUGGCAGUACUGGUGUACCCAAGGGUGUCAUGAUCAGUCAUCGCGCGGCUUCUUCGAGUAUGAUGGCUCAUGCUGAGCGCUUUGGGGUCGACUCUUCCAGUCGUACGCUGCAAUUCUCAUCCCUGACGUUCGAUGCUUGCAUCUUUGAGAUCUUCACAACGCUUGCCACCGGCGGCUGUAUCUGUAUGCCUUCAGAUGCCCAGCGUGUGGAUGAUCUCGCGGCAGCUAUCAACUCCUAUUCCAUCAACACCGUCAUGUUGACGCCGUCCGUUCUGGCGCUGCUAUCACCAGAGGAUACACCUUCACUUCGCUCCAUCAUUUUCAUCGCUGAGCAAGUUACUGAUAAUGAUAUCUCACGCUGG